AUGAGGCUCUAUGAUCCUAACCCACAGGCUCUUCAAGCCCUUAGAGGCUCCAACAUUGAGCUCAUGCUCGAUGUACCCAACGAAGGCCUUAAAGACAUCUCUUCUAGCCAAGCCAGUGCAGAUUCUUGGAUCCAAAGUAAUGUCAUAACCUACGGAAAUGUCAAUUUCAAAUACAUCGUGGUUGGGAACGAAAUAGAUCCCAAAGGUCCAUUCGCUCCGUUUGUUGCUUCUGCAAUGGAAAAUAUUCAAAAAGCAGUUUCUGCCGCCGGUCUUGCAACCCAAAUUAAAGUCUCCACCGCAGUUUACACAGCGAUUCUCAAAGAAUCCUUCCCGCCGUCAAAAGCCUUCUUCAACCCUGAAUAUCGACAGUUUCUUGAUCCUAUCAUUGCUUUUUUGGUGGCCAAUCAAUCUCCAUUUCUUGUUAAUGUGUACCCAUAUUUUAGUUACGUUCAAAAUCGUCAGACUAUGGUUUAUGAAGCAUUAGAGAAAGCCGGAGGCGGUUCUUUGAAACUUGUCGUAUCGGAAAGUGGUUGGCCCUCGGCAGGUGGCGAUGGCGAAGUGACCACAAAAGAGAACUCGAGAACUUACAACUCAAAUUUGGUUAAGCAUGUGAAGGGCGGGACUCCAAAGAGACCUGGAAGCCCUGUAGAGACUUAUAUCUUUGCCAUGUUUAAUGAGGAUAACAAAACAGGGCCGGAGAUUGAGAAACACUGGGGACUCUUUUUCCCCGACAAAACUCCGAAAUAUUCCAUUGAUUUCGAUUAA